AUGAUUACCCUUAAGUGUUUAUUAAGCUGUUUGAUAGUUUUCAUAAUCAAUUUAAAACAAAUAAAUAGUGCAAAUAUUUUAGCUUUACUUGGUAUAGCAUCACCGAGCCAUCAAAUAUGGAAUAGUGCUUUAACACAUGCACUUGCUGAACGUGGUCACAAUUUAACAAUAUUGGCGCCUGAUUUACCAAAAUCAAAUAAAAUACCUAAAACUGCACAUUACAUUCAUUUAGAAAAAGUUUAUGAAUCAAUGGCAAAUUCUAGUGAUGGAAAAUUAGAUUUUAAUCAUUUUAUAGGAAGUGGUGCAAUUGGAAAUAUACCAAGAUUAUAUGAUUGGGGUAUAACUGCUUGCAUCGGAGUAACCAAAUCUGAUGGCUUUUAUACAUUGUUAAAUUAUUCAGAUGAUUUUAAAUUUGAUUUAAUUAUACAUGAUUUUUCAAUGGGAUCUUGUUUAUUGGGUUUCGCUCAUAAAUUUAAAUAUCCACCUAUCGUUGGAGUCUCACCAUUUUUACAUCCACCCAAUACUAUUGAUGUAGUCGGCGGUCAUUUAUAUCCAAGUUAUAUUCCUUAUUAUGCAAGCACAUCGUAUGAUAUGAAUAUGACUUUUGUAGAAAGAAUGCAUAAUACUUUAGUAUACUUUCUUGACUAUGUAUAUCGUCAUUAUUAUGCCUUUCCAAAAAUUAAUCGGUUAAUUAAUCAUAAAUAUCCAAAAGGAACUCCAUACUUAAGUGACAUAGAUAAAAAAACUCUAAUCGCAUUAUUAAAUUCACAUCCAUCAAUUAAUUAUCCAGAAUCACUUCCACCAAAUGUUAUAGAAGUUGGGGGCUUACAAAUAAAAGAUACUUCACCGUUACCUGCUGACUUAAAUGAUUUCAUACAAAAAUCUAAAAAUGGAGUAAUACUAAUGUCAUUUGGAACAAAUAUGCUACCAAAAGAUGUUGAUACAAAACUAACUAAAAUAAUUUUGGAAACUAUGAGAAAAAUGUCAGAAUAUGAUUUUAUUUGGAAAUUUGAAAAAGAAUUUAUUAAAGAUGAAAUCCCGCAUAAUGUUCUAAUUAAAAGAUUUGUACCACAAAAUGAUAUUUUAGCUCAUCCUAAAAUAAAAGCUUUUAUAACUCAUUGCGGUGGAUUAAGUACUCAGGAAGCAACAUGGCAUGGUGUACCAAUGGUCGGAAUUCCUCUUUUUGUUGACCAAACAAGAAAUAUGUACAAAACAAUGAUUGCUGGUGUUGGUGAAAAAGUUGAUUAUCUUACUUUAGAUUUCAAAUCUCUUUAUAAUGGAAUUAAAAAUGUUGUGGAAAAUGACAAAUAUAGAAACAAUAUGAAGCUCAGAUCUAAAAGAUUUCGUGAUCGUCCAAUGAAACCAUUAGAUACAGCAGUUUGGUGGGUUGAAUAUAUAUUAAGAGAUCCAAAUCCCACAUAUUUAAAACCUCCAACAUUAUAUAUGAAGAAGUUUGUAAUUGAUCAAUAUCAAAUAUUUCCAAUACCUCAGAGUUAUCUUUUAACAAAAGUUCAUUAUUACGUACAUUAUUUUUUAGAAAUGCUUAUCAUUAAAUAUUUACUAAGUUAUUUGAUUAUUUCCGUUAUCAAUUUAAAACAAAUAAAUGGAGCAAAUAUUCUGGCUUUACUUGGCGUAGCUUCACCGAGCCAUCAUAUAUGGAAUAGUGCUUUAACGCAUGCUCUUGCCGAACGUUCUAGUCAUAAUUUGACUAUACUAUCACCAGAUUUACCAGUAAAGAACAGCACACCAAUAGGCGCACAUUAUAUUCAUUUGGAAAAAGUUUAUGAUUUAAUGUCUUCUUCUAAAGAUGGUAAAUUCGAUUUGAAAAAUUUUAUUGGAAAUAAUGCAAUUAGAAAUAUACCUACAUUGUACGAUUGGGGAAUAAAAAGCUGCUUGGGUGCUAUAAAAUCUGAAGGUUUUUAUACACUGUUAAAUUAUCCAGAUGAUUUCAAAAUUGACAUAAUUAUUCAUGACUUUUCACUUGGUGCUUGCUUAUUGGGUUUUGCACAUAAGUUUAAUUAUCCACCAAUCGUUGGAGUAUCACCAUUUUUAUACCCACCGAACACUGUUGAUAUAGUUGGUGGAAGUUUGUUUCCUAGUUUUAUACCAUUCUAUGCCAUUUCGUCAUAUGAUAUUAAUAUGAGUUUCGUUGAGAGAAUGCACAAUACUCUAGUAUAUUCUCUUGAUUAUUUAUAUCGUCAUUAUUAUGCAUUUCCAAAAAUAAAUCAACUAGUUCGUGAUAAAUAUCCAAAAGGAACCCCAUACUUAGAAGAUAUUGAUAAGAAAACUGUUAUUGCUUUGGUAAAUUCUCAUCCAUCAAUUAAUUAUCCAGAAUCUCUUCCUCCCAAUAUUAUAGAAGUUGGUGGAUUGCAAAUAAAACAUCCUUUACCAUUACCAACCGAUCUCAAAAGUUUUAUCGAAAAAUCUAAUAAUGACGUAAUACUAAUGUCAUUUGGAACUAAUAUGCAAGCAAAGGAUGUUGGUACAAGAUUGUCCAAAAUUAUUUUGAAAACUAUGAAAAAUAUGCCGGAAUACAAUUUCAUUUGGAAAUAUGAAGAUGAAUUUCAUACAGAGCAAGUUCCAAAUAAUGUGUUGAUUAAAAAGUUUUUGCCACAGAAUGAUAUUUUGGCCCAUCCUAAAACAAAAGCAUUUAUAACCCACUGUGGGGGGCUGAGCAUUCAAGAAGCAACAUGGCAUGCUGUGCCUAUAAUAGGCAUUCCUCUUUUUGUUGAUCAAAUGCGGAAUAUGCACAAAACUGUAGUAGGAGGUGUUGGAGUAUUGGUUGAUUACCUCACUCUAAAUUCAAAAACUCUUUCUGAAGGAAUUAAACUAGUUAUGGAAAAUGAUACUUUUAGAGUUAAUAUGAAACUUAGAUCGAAAAGAUUUCGAGACCGAUCAAUGAAACCAUUAGAAACAGCGGUGUGGUGGAUUGAGUAUAUUUUAAGAGACCCAAAUCCAGUGCACUUAAAAUCUCCGACAAUUUUUAUGAAUUAUUUUAUAAUAAAUUCAAUUGAUUGUUUCUUAUUUUUAUUAUGCACAAUUUUUUUUUCAUUAUUAAUAUUGUCAUAUUUUGUCUUAAAAGUAAGAAAAACUACA